AUGACCACGCCGACACCUUCAGCUGCGAACGGGGCCACAGUGGCCGCUACGAUGGCCAAUAAGAACUCCCCGCACCUCCACUCGGUCGCCAGCAGUCUCCGCUCAUGCCUCGACGGAAUGUUGCCGGACAACCUGCGCAACGACGGUACGGCUUUUCAGCAACAUUUACUCCAGCAGAAGAGCCGACUGCAGACCGAAAAGAACUCGUGGCGAUUCGGACUUAACUACCUGUUCGAGACGCUCAAGCAACAUAAGGACUGGUACGCGCGCAACCAGCAGUUUGUGCAGCUGCGCAAAGACGUUCGGCGCUUUGAGACCCACGUGUCGACAGUGCGGACGAUUCUGGCCGAAAGCGUCAGUAAACUGGACCUCGAAGCAGGGCUGCGAGGGGCCGAGCUCGAAGGACGCGUUGGAGCUUACAAGAUCAUGUUUGAGGUGACCAAGAUCGUGUCGAGUCUGAGUCGCCCGCUGGUCAAGCUGCAGAUUCUCAAGCCCAAUGAAGCGUCGCUGUCUAUCUACUGCGACACGUUUGUGCUGGACAUUGUGCUGUCGGGUGGAGAAGGCGCUGUUGAGACUGCGUCGCUGACGACGGUCGAGAAAGACCAAUCUAGCCAGUUUCCGGACCGAGACGAAGACCUGCUCGCGUCACUGAAGCUACUGGCUAAUGGCGACAGCGCAAGCUUUACGGAGAAACUAAACCGGUUGAUCAAUCGCGCUGAACUAGCGGUGAAGUUUCCAACGAUGAACUUCGAGCAGCUCGAGCUUGAACUUUUCACCAAGGCCACUGAGGCGUGCAGCCAUCAGCAAUAUUGGACAGUCAAGCGCGCAGUGGAAGGCAUCCAAAUGUUGUUCAAAGACCCAUUUGCAUGUCUCCCUGUGGUUGAACCUCCACGUAAACGUGCGAAAACUGAUGACGAUACUCGGACGGGCGUCACGUCUGGUGCUACUGCUGGUUCCACAGAUGCGGCAGCAACUGACAGGAAUGAUCGGCCUGACGGAGAUCACGAUGACCUCAACAUAUCCGUGCACGCGGACGUUCUCUCUCCACUGGCGAACGGCGAAUGGUCCGGGAGUGUCAGCUUUAUUGAAUGGCGCGGUGCUGUGGCGCUGCACGUAGUUGCGGACGUUCCUCUCGUAAUGGCUGGCCCGCAGGCCCGAAAACUAGCGCUUGUAGCAAUGCGCAAGCAUGUUGACGUGACUGCAACCGCACCAAAAGACGUGCAUGAAGACGAAAGGCUUUUCAACGAGUUUGUAAGCUGGACGACUCCUGAUGGAAAGAAGCCCAUUUCUCCCAGGUUACACUUUGCACGAGACCACAGCAUAUGCUCGGUGUUUCCGUCACGGUGCUCGUUAGCGAUGCGUCAGGAGUACACCUUAACGACGAAAGAGAUAUCUGGCGGUCUCAAUCUGCACUCGUUCCCAAUCCCGUUAGUAAACGUCUCGAUCGAGACGCUAGCCAACGUGUUUGAGAUAUGCGGAAGAAGCUUGCUGUUUCACGCACUCUUGUUAUCUGCUUUCUGCUCAAGAUGCAACGUAUUCGGCCAACGCAUCUCGGCGGAAAACGAGGAUGCAGUGAACGCUCGAAUCAAAGUAGACGUCGCGGCGGCAGAGCGUAUUACAAUGAACACUGGGGAUCUUUUGGGUGCGGGCAGGCAAGUGCUGAUCGAGCUGAACACGAAACCCGAUUGCUCGUUGCAACUGAGCGUGAAGUGUCAGACAGAGACAACGCCUGCGCUUCCGCUGGAAAACGCUGUCACGCUGCAAAAGUUGGUCAACACGUGCCAUUCGAUUCCCUUGCUCACGUAUUAUGCGUUAAAGCGCGCAGUGCAAGCCAAGAAUGGUCCGUUGUCUGCUGCUGGUGUGGGCGCUAAUGGGGAGGACUGCGAUGGCAUUGCCGCGCUGGAAGGCGAUUUAUCGGUCGCUAUGAAGAUGGAGGGAGAGAGCAUGCUGCUAGAUGAGAUGGAUAUGUUUUAG